CCAGCAGUUAUACCGCCACCACUGCUGCCUGUCCUACUGAACCAGCCAUGUCAGGGAGCUACACCAUCCCCCACAAGACCUCGCUGCCUGAGGGCAUCCGCUCAGGCACUGUGCUGAGAAUUCGAGGUGUCAUCCCUGACAAGGCUGGCAGGUUCCAUGUAAACUUCCUGUGCAGUGAGGAGGAGGGCGCCGAUGCUGCCCUGCAUUUCAACCCCCGGCUGGACACCUCUGAGGUGGUCUUCAACAGCAAACAGCAAGGCAGCUGGGGCCGAGAGGAGCGGGGCCAGGGCAUUCCCUUCCAGCGCGGGCAGCCCUUCGAGGUGCUCGUCAUCGUCACUGAUGAGGGCUUCAAGACCGUGGUCGGGGACUCGCACUACCACCACUUCCGCUACCGCCUGCCGCCGGCGAGCGUGCGCCUCGUGGAGGUGGGCGGGGACGUGCAGCUGGAGUCGGUGAAGAUCUUCUGAGCCCGGGGCCUUGGAUGGCAAAUAAAGUGUUAGCCCGCAGGGC